AUGGGAUGUGUGCUUGGUCAACAUGACGAGUCAGGCAGAAAGGAAAGGGCAAUAUAUUACCUCACUGUAAAGGGGAGCGCAAUAGUAGAUUUUCUGGCUAGUCGAGCUCUAGAAGAUUAUGAGCCCUUGAAUUUUGACUUCCCCAAUGAAAAGAUAGUGUAUGUAGCAGCUGCUGAAGAGGACAAUACAAAAAGUCACUGUUGGAAAUUGAAUUUUGACGGAGCUUCAAAUGCUGUGGGUAAUGGAGUUGGGGCAGUUCUAGUAUUCCCAGGUGGAGAUCAUUAUCCAUUCACAUGUAAAUUGGAUUUUUAUUGUACGAAUAAUAUGGCAGAAUAUGAAGUAUGUAUCAUGGGGCGCAGAGCAGCUGUAGAGCGCAAGAUCAAAUCAUUGGAAGUAUAUGAAGAUUCUGCAUUGGUAAUUUACCAACUUCGAGGUGAAUGGGAGACAAGAGAUUCCAAGCUAAUCAAUUAUAGAAGGCUGGUGUUGGGGUUAGUUGAAGAGUUUGAUGAUAUUACUUUCAAUUAUCUCCUGCGUGAUGAAAACCAAAUGGCAGAUACUUUGGCUACUUUGGCUUCUAUGAUCAAAGUAAGCAGACAAGAGGAUGUGAAGCCCAUUUAG